AUGGGCACAUCUCCUGGAACAUCUACCAUAACACCCUUGGUUGACUGCACCCAUCCAUGUACAACUAGUAUAAUCGUAACGACUACUCCAACAUGUGCUCCCCCGAGUGGCUCAAGUACACUUAGUGCAACUUUAUCAAUUGGGACUUCGACUAGGUGGACUGUCCCGACCUGUGUUACAAAAAUGUUCUUUACCGUCCAGGGUGGCGCAGGUGGUAAAGCCACGAAUAAUUUCCCUGGGGGCCAAGGUGCUUUAAUUGUGGGGUUCAUUCCGGUGACACCUGGGCAAAUUAUAUCCGCUAUUGCCGGUGGCAUGGGAGGUACUAGUCCCUUCGUUUCAUAUGCUACAGCCCCAGGGGGAACAAGUGCAUAUGGACGUGGUGGAGUGGGACUGCGCUGCUCCGGUGGAGGGGGCGGUGCGUCAGCAUUAUACCUUGAUGGCACCUUACUCGUUGUCUCUGGUGCUGGAGGUGGUGGCUUAACAGCGGUUUCUAGCACAAAGGAGCCAGCCAAUCCCGUUUAUGAGAUUCACCAGGGUCCAUCGCGCGGAAAUGCUGGGCAGGUGGGUCAGUCUAAUUAUUAUACAAAUCAUGCUCAGACUGUCAAUAUCUCUGUAGCUUAUGGAGGAAAUCCCGGCCUAGCUGGUAGUGCCGGUCUUGGAGGGUCAUAUGCUGGACUUUAUUCUGAAGUUGUGGUGGGAAAUCCUGGAAUUAACCAUAUAGGUGGCGACGGGGUUGCCGUUACUAGUUAUCUGGCUGCUAAUGGCGGCGGUGGCGGAGGUGGCGGCGGAGGCUACUUUGGGGGCGGCAGCGGAUCAUCGUUGUUCUAUGACACUCAAAAUGUUCAGCUAGAUAAAUGGGCUAUUGGUUCUGGUGGUGGCGGUGGGUCUAGCUUUACAUCGGGCGUCCUUCUCAAUGUGUCACAAGGUUUAAGUGGAUCUCUUACACCAGGACGUAUCGUGGUGGGAUAUUCCUGA